GCUUAAUAACCAUUUAUACAGACAGUACCUAGCCUUUCAUAAGUAUAUUAACUUUCAUUUUACAGCAUUUACAAUGACAACACCUAUGUGUGAAGAUGGUGGAACUUUACGGGAAUGGGCACCCCUUGCUAUGCUUCUUCAACAAAUACCUGCAAAAAUUCAAACUGGCCUUUUUACGCACAAUAUUAACUUUACCUGCAUUGAUGUUUUGCCUGAAUUUAUAGUCAUUGGAACCAAUUAUGGAUUAGUAUACUGGUUUGACAGAGAAAAGCAAGAUUUACAAAAGCUCCGAUGUGAGAAUGUUAGUUCAAAAAUUACAUGUAUUCGAGUUAUAUCAACAGUGGACUACAUGGUUGCAGCUGGUAACGAAUAUGGAGUAAUAACUGUAUUUCAAAUACCUAAAAAUCCACCAGAUUCAUUACCAGAUAGCUUAAAACCAAAACAGAAAAAACAAGUUGAAAGAUAUAGCAUAAGCGGCUUACAUAAUAGUGCUGUAACAACAGUUGAAUGGUCUAAGAACGGUAUGAAAUUAUUUAGUGGAGAUCAGAAUGGUUUAGUUGUACUUACUGAAAUUGAUUUUUAUAUGCAUUUAUCAAAAUCAUCAGAAUUGUUAAAUGAAAAAUAUCCAAUAGUGCAGUUAAGUUAUCAACAAGGUUUGUUGCUAGUUUCUACAACAUUACGUACGAUACUGGUAAAUAGAAAUGAGAAUGGAAAAGUAACACAAGUUGGUCAAAAAGAACGCAAAACAUUAGAAAAAUUAGGUGCUGUAUUUGGUUGUAGACACAAUUAUGUACAAGACUUCUUAAUAUAUGCUAGUAGACAUGGAUUACGUUUAUGGCAAGCUGAUAAAACUGGAACUGUAUUAAAAACACUUAUUUUUAAAGAUAUUGUACGAUCUGGACAUACAGAAGUAGAACUUCUAAAUCCAGCACCAGAAAGUUCUAAAAAAAAUCGUGGAGAACCUACAUUUGGUGUUAUUUUACCUUUCUGUGAUGAUUUAUUAGUUACAUAUAGUGAUGAUAUUAUAUAUGUAGUAAAUCCACAGACUAUAGCUAUAACAUCUAUUGUAACAGACUUACGUCGUGUUACUGACGUUGCAUGUACUAAAGAUGAAAUAUUCGUAUUGGAAGGAGAAAGGAACAUAAUACGUAUUGCAUAUUAUCCUGAAACUAAUGUGCUUUCAUCAGAAGUGAAGAAUAGAUUAGAUCCAUUAAUAUCACUUGCUGAAAUUAGUAAACCAGUUACCAAUGGUAUAUUAGGAUUAACUUCCAAAUUAAUGGAAAGUACAAUAGUACCAGCUAUUCCUUUUAAUAAAAUCAAUCCAACUAAUAUCAUCCAGUCUGUGGGAAUUCCACCAGUUGCUGACGGCGCUACUAGUACUGCUAGCACUGCUGGCACUGCUGAUACCGCUGAUACUACUGGUACCGCUAGUACUACUGGUACCGCUGAUACUGCUGUUAUUGCUGGUACUGCUGGUACUACUGGUGCUGCCGGUACUGUUGGUAUUGAUGAUACUGAUGGUACUGAUGUAAUAUCAAUUACAAGUGCAGAAGAAGCUGUAGAAGGGAUGUCAGUUAAUUUAAAUACUUCGUUAACAACAGAUAGUAAUAUAAUAGGAGAACAAAGCGAUGUUUCUAAAAGAAAAAGUAGCAAAGAAAACGAGAAACAUAACGAUAGAAGACAAAUAUUUCAAAAAAUUAGUCAACAAGAAUUUGAAGAUGUUGUAUUCACUCCAGAAAGGAAAAUUAAAAAAUCACCUAAUAGACUAAUAAGUAGCAAUGGAAAUUGUUCAUCAUUAUCUGAUAUUGAUUAUGAUUUGCCUGCUUUCAACAAUGACAAAAUAAACGCUAGUAAUGCAAAGACGACACAUUCUUCUUUAUUAACACUUAGUGUUGAUGAUGAUUUUAUAUUAAAAACUGAAAGAAAUCUUGAAUCAAUUCAGCGUGAUGUAGAAAAUAAAGAAAAGCUCUUGGCUGAUGUGUUAGAUUUUGAUUUGUCAAAGUAUAUGACGAAUAAACCAAUUAGUAUUACUCAUUUAAAUACGUCUCAGUCACUUGAAACAAGUACAUAUAUUGAUUGUAAAGUACAUUCCAAUAAUGCUGUUACGGAAGAAAAAAACGAGCAGGAUGAAUAUAAUGAACAUAGUUAUCAUUCAGAGACUGAAUCUGGAGAUGAGGAUGUCAGUUAUCGUACUGAAUUAAAAAAGUUAGAAGAUUUAGGUGAAUGUAGAAAAAAACUUCUACAAGAUAAAUUAAACGAACCUUCACAACAAAGUAAUUAUGUUGAUGAAAGAAAAAUAUUGCAUUCAACAGUGGCACCAAAUGAGUUUAUAAUAUCAACUACACUUGAAGAAGAAGAUUGGGUUUUAGUUAAAAAUGAUACGUCUCUAGUUGCUAUAUAG